AUGUCGCCUGGAAAGACUGCAAACAUCUCGUUUGACGACAAGUUCGCCAACAUCAUCAAUGGCGAGGCUCGCACAAAGUCCGACAACUACCACCAGGGUGUGAACCCCACCACCGGCGAGAAGCUUUGGGAUGUCCCAAUCGCUACCCAAUCAGACGUCGACGAGGCUGUUGCUUCUGCACAAAAGGCGUUCGAAUCAUGGAGCGUCAAGCCCAUUGAGGAGCGCAAGGAGUUCUUGAAGAACUUCCAAGAGCUGUGGGCUGGUUACCAGGAGGAAUUCACCACACUGCUCUGCAAGGAGACCGGUAAGCCCAGACAGUUCGCCGCUUUCGAAGUUGGUGCUGUUGGUGCUUGGUUCGGUCACCACUUGUCGCUUGAGAUCCCCGAGGAGAGACUCGAGGAUGACGAGAAGAUCAUGACUACAAGAUACAUGCCCCUGGGUGUUGUUGGUGCCAUCUGCCCCUGGAACUUCCCUCUCGUCCUGUCAUUCGGCAAGAUCAUCCCUGCUCUGCUUACUGGUUGCACCAUCAUUGUCAAGCCUUCGCCAUUCACCCCCUAUACCUCCUUGAAGGCUAUCGAGCUUGCUCAGACCAUCUUCCCUCCCGGUGUUGUCCAGGUUCUUGGCGGUGAUGACAAGCUUGGUCCCAUGUUCACCGAGCACCCCGGUAUCGCCAAGAUUAGUUUCACUGGUAGCAUCGCUACUGGCAAGAAGAUCAUGGCCGCCUGCAGCAAGACCCUCAAGCGUGUCACCCUCGAGCUUGGCGGCAACGAUGCCAGUAUCGUCAGAGCGGAUGUCGACAUUGAGGCUACCGCUCCUCAGCUUGUGAUGGGCGCUUUCCAGAACAGUGGUCAGGUCUGUGUUGCCACCAAGCGUAUCUACAUCCACGAGAGCAUCUACAAGCCCAUGACCGAGGCCAUGGCCAAGGUCGCUGCCAGCCUCAAAGUUGGCAAGCCCGAUGAGGAGGGUGCUAUGCUCGGUCCCAUCCAGAACCAGAUGCAAUUCGAAAAGGUCAAGACCUUCUUCCAGGACAGCAAGGACAAGGGUUACAAGUUCAUCGCUGGUAGCGGUGAUGUCGAGAAGGUGGAUGGUGGCUUCUGGCUCCAGCCCGCCAUCAUCGACAACCCUCCCAACGACAGCAAGAUCAUCCAGGAGGAGCAGUUCGGUCUCAUUCUUCCCGUCCAGCCCUACUCCGACGAAGAGGAGGUCAUCAACCGUGCCAAUGACAGCAACGCCGGUCUUGGUGCCUGUGUCUGGAGUAAGGACGAGAAGGCCGCCGAGCGCAUUGCCCUUCGCCUCCAAGCCGGCAGUGUCUUCAUCAACUCCUUCGAGAAGCCCACUCCUCAAGCCAUCUUCUCCGGACACAAGGAGUCUGGUAUCGGUGGUGAAUGGGGUACUCAGGGUCUGCUGUCCUACUGCAACCCUCAUGUCAUUCACCUUUACAAGAGCAAGCUGUAA